AUGGCCCAGCUGAACCAGGGUCGCCUUCUCACUGACGACGCGAGCAUGAGUGAGCAUGGACUGCAUCGUUCAAAAUUUGAGGAAUGGGAGGAUGCCCUACGCAGUCCAAACACCGAAAGUGGCGAGUAUGAGUGGUGGUACGCUGACGGGCACCUGCAAGAUGGCUGGUUUCUCCAAGUAGCCUUCUUCUACAACUCCGAAGGUGCCGGUACCAAGGCAGGACUCAUCGAUCUAAACAUUGCCAAGGACGGGGAAAAGCUCUGCGACUUGCACAAGAGAUUUAAGCUGUCUGCCAACUUGGAUGUUGGCAAGGAUAAAUGCCAUGUGCGAUUCGAAAAGAGUUCUUUCCGAAGCAUUGAUGGCUUACGGAAGUACCACAUCCACGUCGACCCGGACGAGAUGGAAGGCUUCGGCGCCGAUGUCACCAUUACAGCAACUACCCCCUCCUAUCGCCCGGGCACGGGUCGGUGGGAUGUGGACGGCCGUCACUUCUCUUGGUUUGUGGCUGUUCCUGGCGGUCACCUCACUGGCGAAAUCAUCACCAACGGCACCAAGACGAAAGUUGAAGGAAACGCCUAUCACGAUCACAACUGGGGCAACGUUCCGAUGGAAAAUAUUCUCGACAACUGGCUUUGGGGGCGCGCUGACGUACAUGGUCUCACUGUUGUCUCGGCGUCGGGGGAUGAGGUUCUGGUGAAUGCGGUCGAUGAGCAGCUUGUUUGCCUAGAAGGGGUUAAAAGACCCCAUCCAGUCACCGUCAAACCGACAAGCACUGAUUGCAUUUAUAUCGUUGACUCGGGAGGAGGAGGUGCAGCGGAAGUCCGAUUCAACGGCCAGAACAAGGUGGUUGCAACAUUCCCAUACCCAACCACCUCAAAAGACUGGGAAACAUGGUACACGAGGUAUGCGGGACUAGUGACAGUUAACAUCGUCGACGGCGAGAAGCGUAUCCGCACAUCCGAUCUGGGCAUACUCGAAAGGAGAUUUUUCCCACGGCGGAGCAAGCCAUGGCCUCUGGUUAUGGGCUGGGUAGGCGGAAGAAACGCCGAAAAGGCACGUGGCGAGAGCAAGAGAGUUCGAAUGCAUCGUGAACCAAGAGAUGCGAUAAUACUUGACGUGAUAGAUCAAAGAAUUAAUAUCACGGUUAUCCAGUUCUACGUAGUAGAGCAUACUACGGUUGCAAGGGUAAGAGAUGUAUUAGAUGAGAAGAUCAUGAAAUCGACCGAGGAGGUCGAGCUGCUAUGUAGUUACAUGCUACUGAGUCAGAAUCGAGUUGAAGCCCGGUCCUUGAUGGGAUAA